CUUGUGACGGCAGAUGCUGCCGAGAUGGGCGGACAUGCUGCUGCUGCUGAUGAGACAGGGGUGUCUGUGCCUCCACCUCGGACGUGGUUCUAGGCCCCAGGCAUCUUGUCCGAGACACCCAUAUCGAUUGAGAAUGAGGUCAUUGUUUGGCCUUGUAAGCUUGAAGUUGCGACUCCACGUCUUGGGGGCGUGGCAGCCAGUUUCCAAGUUCCGCCAGCGUCAAGCAUACUCCGCAAGAUCGACCGUUCGCCAAAGAGGCAUGCGCCGUGCCGCAUGUGGCACAAUCAACACACGACGGCAUUGCAAGAUUGUCUGUUUCUCGCUGGAAAAGGCGCCACACUGCUACGAUUGUCACCUUUAGACUGAGCAACGUCUAUCUGUCCAGCUGCCGCCAAACGGUGCGAACCAACCUGGGACACUCGGCGUCUGAUGGCGCUGUCGACGUUUGGGUUCCUGGUGAUCACUUCGAUACCGACGGUGAUUGGAAUCGCAGAGGCCAUCGACGGCCAGAAGCGCCAGAACCAGGAGGCCAAGGACAGGGUCAAGUUCCAUCUGACCGCACGGUUCUCUGCGGACGGCGUGGCACUGCCAGAGCAGCGUGUUGUUGUGUUCAAGGACAAGAAGCUGUACUUUGACCACCCAUCGCACCCGGUGCGCGACGGAUACGUGUUCAACGGGUACUAUUUUGGGUGGCCUGGGGAGGAGGGGGUGCAGGGCAUGGUGGCACAGGUGUCUGAGGAUCCGCCGGUGCUCAACUGGAUCUUCGCGGACAAGGAGACGGGUGUUCUGCGGCACGGGUCGCGCAGCGAGGCGGCCGAGCACACGCACGGGUCCUGGAGCUGGACCGAGGACGAGGCGUGGCUGACGCUGGAGGGCGGGCAGCGGUUCGUGGCGGUAGAGAACCACGACGGGAGCUGGACGGCACACUACGACCGCGAGGGCAACCUGGACGAGGUGCUGGACGCGCGGCAGGUGCUGGACAUCCAGCUGCACCGGGAGCUGCAGCUGGGCGUGUCGAGCAGCUACGUGCGGGCAGACGGUUGACCAGGCAGUUAGUUGACAGUUAACCGACAGGUAAUAAACAUGGAAG